UUGAUUUAAUAUGUUUUGUGCGAUCAUUCUAUCUGAUGUUACAUAAACCGUCAAUGGAAAGAGUUGCCUUUGACAAAGAUGAUGACAUCAAGAAACGAGCAAAAAUGAUGUUAAAUUUUUGGAAAGAUUGUAAUAAGUCAGACGUGUGGGAUAACAUUUAUCAAGCAAUAGAGGACUUGGAUUACGACAAAUUAAUUCAAGAACUUGAAAGAUUUUUUUGA